UAAGGAGCAUUUAAUCGGGUCCCCUGAGACACGUAGUCACGGAGAGAGAGUGUAGAAAGAAAGAAAGAAAGAAAGAAAGAGGACCCUAAUUCCACAAACAGAGAAGAGAAAGACACUCGCAGCGGUGGCACCGGCGCAUUCCCAGUCGGAAUUAGCAUUUUGCGGCGGCGAUCUCUUCCUCUCCGUCUCUCUCCCUCUCGAGCCAGUUCCACCACGUUUUCUGGGACAGAUCCAGGAUCUGAUGUCAAUUUUGGGGCCAAAAUUACAAAUUGUAUUUUGGAUUUGUUACAAAGGUAUAGACUGUAAAAGAUGGUGAAGUUGACUAUGAUUGCCCGUGUCACUGACGGCCUUCCACUAGCUGAAGGACUGGAUGAUGGUCGCGAUCUUAAAGAUGCUGAAUUCUACAAACAGCAAGUUAAGGCUUUAUUUAAGAAUCUCUCAAGAGGGCACAAUGAGGCGUCGAGGAUGUCAAUUGAAACUGGCCCUUAUGUCUUCCAUUAUAUAAUAGAAGGACGUGUAUGUUACUUGACAAUGUGUGAUCGUGCAUACCCUAAGAAACUAGCUUUUCAAUAUCUUGAAGAGCUAAGGAACGAGUUUGAGCGUGUUAAUGGAUCUCAAAUUGAAACUGCUGCCAGACCUUAUGCCUUCAUUAAGUUUGACACAUUUAUACAGAAAACAAAGAAACUUUACCAGGAUACCCAUACACAGCGCAAUAUUUCAAAGUUGAAUGAUGAACUCUAUGAAGUCCACCAGAUAAUGACUCGAAAUGUGCAGGAAGUUCUUGGUGUUGGCGAACAAUUGGACCAGGUCAGCCAAAUGUCCAGCCGUUUAUCAUCAGAAUCCCGCAUGUAUGCUGAUAAGGCUAGGGAUUUAAAUCGACAGGCUCUAAUUCGGAAGUGGGCUCCUGUUGCUAUUGUUUUCGGAGUUGUCUUCGUCCUUUUCUGGCUCAAAAACAAACUUUGGUGAUCAAGCACAGUAUAUUAGGUUUUAAACCCAGGAUUUUGCUGCGCUGUGGCUUCUUGCUUUUCACACAUGAUUGUCAAGACUUGCACAGAUCGGUGAGAAACUCUUAUAUGUGUAGAUGAUGCCUACUUGUGUGGACACUCAGUUUAGGAUAAAAGAAAAGAAAGAAAAAGAAAAAGAAAAGAAGGGAUUAUCGUGUUUGUUACGUCAGGCUAACUGGAACAGGAAUCUUCUAGCCUUAUGUUAUUGUUAAGUAGUAAAGAUAUGAGAAACUUGAGGUCCUUGUGGAUGCAUAUAGAUAUUUCUUUAGUAUUUUCAGGAUUAUUCUGUCGAUGAGUUACAUUGAUCCAUUCGCUUUAGAUGUCUACAUUGACAUUGCAGAUGAUUUUGAAUUACAUUUAUGAUUUCAAUUACU